AUGAACUUUCUUCGAAAUUUUAGGAAUACAAGACGCUAUCACAUCUUCCAGAACUUGAGCGUAUGUAAGGACUACAAGCUAUUAUUGAUGAUGUUGAUAAGUACCGUGGCGACGGGCCUGGUGCCGGCAGUCACUUCUAUUUUAACAGGCAGAGUGUUUGAUCUACUAUCAGUCUUUGUGCUUAGUGGAUCUCAUCAUGAUUUAUACCGGCAGCUGCUACAAAGGUCAAUGGCGGUAAUGGCACUCGGGGUUGCUUCUGCGCCCGUUAUGUGGCUUUCAUUAACAUCCUGGAUGCACAUUGGCGAGAGACAGGGCUUUAGAAUACGGUCGAUGUUACUGGAGGCAUAUUUAAAGAAAAAGCCCAUCGAAUGGUAUGAUGCUAACGAAACAUUACUAGGAGAUUUUACUCAAAUAAACAGGUGCGUGGAAGAGCUAAGAUCAAGUUCAGCGGAGGCAUCUGCCAUAACUUUUCAGAAUCUCGUUGCCAUAUGCGCGCUUAUAGGGACGUCAUUCUUUUAUUCCUGGUCAUUGACUUUGAUCAUCCUAUGUAGUUCCCCCAUAAUUGCUCUUUUUGCAGUAGCAUUUUGCAGAAUGAUCCACAUAUAUACAAAGAAGGAGAAUACCGAAACAGGUAAAGCGGCCCAGUUGCUUACAUGGUCAAUGAAUGCCGCUCAGUUGGUGAGAUUGUAUUGUACCCAGCCUUUGGAAAGGAAAAAAUUUGAAGAGAUUGUUUCAAAUUGUAACACUUUCUUUAUUAAGAGUUGCUUCUAUUUAGCUGCAAAUGCUGGGGUGCUACGGUUUUUAACGCUGACUAUGUUUGUACAAGGAUUUUGGUUUGGCUCAACCAUGAUCAGAAAGGGCAGAUUGAAUAUUAAUGAUGUCAUUACUUGCUUCCACUCCUGUAUUAUGUUAGGCACCACCUUAAAUAAUACCCUACAUCAAAUAGUAGUUCUUCAAAAGGGUGAAGUAGCUCUAGAGAAAAUCAUGACUUUAUUAGAAAACGGACCUAAACGAAAUACUUCGAAUACUAUAGAACUUUACCAACCUCUAAUAGACUACGCAACUGGUGAUUUGGUUUUUGAAAAUGUUUCGUUUGCAUAUCCAAGUAGACCUACUGAAACUAUUUUGCAGAACGCUGGUAUAAAAUUUCCUGGAGGUCAGUUCACCUUUAUAGUUGGUAAAUCAGGCUCUGGUAAAUCUACAAUAUCUAAUCUAUUAUUGAAAUUUUACGAUGGCUAUGAUGGAUCAAUAUCUAUCAACGGCCGCAAUAUUCAAACAAUCCCACAAAAAUCGUUAAUUGAGAAUAUCACCGUUGUAGAACAGCGUUGUACUUUAUUUAAUAAUACCCUUAAAAACAAUAUUCUUUUAGGUUCGACAGGUUCGAUAAGAAACGCCGAUUCUAACACUAUCGACAAUAACAAUUUAAUCAAGGAAGCCUGCAGAAUGGCCCUUCUGGAUAGGCUUAUUUUAGAUCUCCCUGAUGGACUAGAAACAAUAAUCGGGAGUGGAGGGAUUACACUAAGUGGUGGCCAACAGCAAAGGGUUGCUAUAGCACGUGCAUUCAUCAGGGACACUCCAAUAUUAUUCCUGGACGAAGCUAUCUCUGCUUUGGAUAUAGUUCAUCGCAAUUUACUUAUGAAAGCGAUUCGACAUUGGAGGAAAGGAAAGACUACAAUUAUAUUGACACAUCAAUUGAGCCAAAUUGAAGCUGAUGAUUAUUUGUAUCUAAUGCAAGACGGUAAAGUCAUUGAAAGCGGUAUCCAGUCGGAAUUAUUAGUGGAUUCUACCACCACAUUUAGUAAAUGGUACCAUCUACAGGAAGACUAUUUUGAUGCAAAAACUGUUGUAAAUACAAAGACUGAAGAAAAAUCCAUAUCCACCAUGGAAAGUUUUAACUCUCAAUUGAAAACUCCAAAAUUUGAAUCAGGCCUAAACAAUCUAGGAUAUGAUGAAGCUGAUCGCCUAUCCUUCUAUGAAACAGUUCAUCUGCGGAGAUCGAACAACAAGACAAGAAGAAUAAGAAUCGGGGAUGAUAACCAUGAAUAUGCAGUAAAACAACAGAAUGAUAUCGAAAACGCAAAUGGCCCGCAAAUCUUGAGCGUUUCUCACAUAAUGAAAACAAUGAUCAAAAGCAUCAGAUACAAAAAAAUUCUUAUCUUAGGGUUGCUAUGCUCUCUUAUUGCAGGCGCCACAAAUCCCGUUUUUUCGUACACGUUCAGUUUCUUGCUAGAAGGUAUUGUUCCAUCCACGGAUGGAAAUACUAGUUCUUCAUUUUACUUAGCGAAAUGGUCAUUUGUUGUUCUUGGUGUCGCUGCAGCAGAUGGUAUUUUUAAUUUCGCCAAAGGAUUUCUAUUAGGCUAUUGUAGUGAAUAUUGGAUUAUGGACCUUAGGAACGAAAUCAUGGAAAAAGUAACGAGAAAGAAUAUAAACUGGUUUUCUGGUGAGAACAACAAGGCAGCUGAAAUUUCUGCACUAGUUAUGAAUGAUUUGAGAGAUUUGAGGUCUUUGGUCUCAGAAUUUCUGAGUGCAAUGACUAGCUUUAUUACUGUGUCAACUAUAGGGCUAGUAUGGGCAUUGAUAUCAGGUUGGAAGUUAAGUUUAGUCUGUAUAUCAAUGUUCCCAUUGAUAAUAAUCUUCUCAGUCAUUUAUGGCAGCAGUUUGCAGACAUAUGAAACCGAUUACAAGUCAUCGGUCGCUCAAUUAGAAAAUUGCUUGUAUCAAAUUGUCACUAGUAUCAAAACCAUCAAGUGUUUACAGGCUGAGUUUCAUUUCCAAUUAACGUACCAUGAUAUGAAGACUAAAAUGGAGGGGAUUGCUUCUAAACGUGCCAUUGCCACAGGGUUCGGUGUAUCUAUGACAAACAUGAUUGCUAUGUGUAUUCAGGCUAUUCUUUAUUACUAUGGAUUAAAGCUGGUCAUGGUUCAUGAGUAUACUUCAAAGAAAAUGUUUGCAACCUUCACUUUGUUAUUGUUCACUAUUAUGUCGUGCACUACUUUAGUGGGCCAAAUUCCUGAUAUCAGUCGAGGCCAACGUGCUGCCAGUUGGAUUUACAGAAUUCUCGAUGAAGCCGAGUGUACUCUAGAGAUUGAAGACAAUAACGGAAGAGUACUAGGCAUAAGUGGCGGUACGUAUUAUGGUAACUCGAAUAAGCCUAUCGUUUCGAUACAAAAUCUGACAUUUGCAUACCCAUCCGCGCCUAAUAUCUCUAUUUAUAAACGCAUGGAUCUUAACAUGUUUUGUGGACAGACAGUGGGUAUUGUGGGUGAGUCAGGUUCAGGAAAGUCUACGCUAGUUCUUCUAUUAACCGGGCUUUAUGCUUGUAAAGUAGGAUGUAUCGAGAUAGACGGCACAGACGUAAAUGACUGGAAUUUGACAAGUCUAAGAAGAGAAAUCUCAGUUGUUGAGCAAAAGCCAUCUUUAUUCGAUGGUUCCAUUAGAGACAACCUGACCUACGGUUGUCUUGGCCAAAUGCCUGAUUUUGAAUUGUAUGACGCAUUGAAAUAUGUGGGAAUCUAUGACUUUGUAGCUUCGCUGCCUCAGAGUUUGGAUACACGUAUUGAUACGAAUCUAUUGUCAGGUGGACAAGCCCAAAGACUUUGCAUAGCCAGAGCGCUACUAAGAAAAUCGAAAAUUCUGAUCUUAGAUGAAUGCACCUCAGCCUUGGAUUCCGUCAGUUCCCGUAUUAUUAAUGAUAUUGUUAAAAAGGGACCACCCGCUCUAUUGACUAUGGUUAUAACGCAUAACGAAGAGAUGAUGAGGUGUUGUUCCUCAGUCGUCGUUUUCAAAGAUGGCAAAAUAGUUGAGGAGGGAAGCUUUGAUACUUUAUAUAAUGAUCAUAAAGAAUUAUUUCGAAUUAUUUCUCCGGCAGAAGUAGUUGAACGCAAGUAA